AAAACUGUACGAGGCGGCGCGACGCAAUUCUUGCACAAUAUUUUCUGAGCUCUCGAAUGCCGGACGCGCGACGCGCUCGCUGAAUAUUCGGUCAAAACUUGCCCACUUUUCGUGCUUGCAUACAAUUUUAACCAAACAGUACACGAAGUUGUGACUUCUGUUCUUUUUUAAGUAUUCAUUGUAUUAAAUUGUGUCAUACAACCUUCAACGACUGGAGGCGUUACAGUAUAAGUUCGUAACAAGGCCUACAGUUGCGACAAUUUGUUGGAUAGCCGCCUAAAGAGCUAAGAUUUCAUUAGGAGCUCGAGAAGAGUUCGAACAAUUCUAUUCAAAAUGGUACCUCAAAAGAUCACCUGUCCGAGUCGAAGCGACGAUAUCGGAAAUCUGUCCAUCAACUCAAACACCAAAAGAUAUGGUUUUUUCGCAAACGAGUCACAAGACUCAAAGUAUUUUGAAAGUGGUAGACAUAGAUUGUUUAAAGUCAAACAAGGAACAGGAGACGAACGGCGAGACCGGAGUAAUUGCCGGCGGAAUCUUGGAAGUGAUACCCUCGCUGUCAACGCCCGCAACCAGCUUUUCAGAGGAAUUUUUGAAACUGGAGCCAACUUACGACAGCACCAUGUUUCACGAUUCGGAUUGCGAGUUCUUCCAAGAUCUGGUGCAGUGGUGCUCAGAUCCCGCCAAGGAAGAACCAGUACAGACCAUUGAUUCCACUAAAGUAACUGAAGAAAGGGCACACAACAACGACAUAUUACAUACACCCUUCUCACCGCAAGGUUGGGAAGCAAUCGACCCUAAAUCCCCAACAGCUCCGGCUGGCGCGUAUAUUAGUCCAGAGGAUUCGCUCUCGCCCGGUUUGGUCGGGAUCGGACAAUAUACCAAACCGCUGACUCCUCAAGGUCUCUGCAACACCAACACGAUGCAGUACCAAGAAGAGUUUCUAGAUUUCAACAACAUGCCGGUUGUUUUCGGGGACUUAGAGUCGGAGAAGCCAGUCGGAUUGGAUCCUGCGCAAGCAGCAGGAUUGUUCGGCUGGGAACAACACACAUACAACACCAAUGACACAAAUACACACUUAGUAAACACACAAAUGCCCUUUGAAGAAGAUUCAAAACUUGUAUCGGUUAUACCUAGGGAAUUGGAGAGCAACGAUGUUAUUAUAACGGAAGUGAUAUUUGGGCCCAGUCCGGCCCAGGCGAGGGAUGUUAAGGUUGCUGGAGGAAAGCAGAGACAGGGGCUGACUGUGAACAUCCCGGCGCGUACUUUCGGCUGGCCCACUGACCUCAUCAGCACGCCGGACGUUGUCAACUGCGUGGAGCAGCUAGAAACGGAUAAUCUUCCUCUAUUGCCUAUGCUGACGACGGACGAGUGGCCGGUCGAAGACACCGAAACAGUCUCGGGAGAGGUUGAGGUCAAGAAAUCGCCACCACCAGUGGACUACGAGCCGAUCACACCAAAGAGUGAAUCUCAGGCAGAGUCUGAGAAUGAAGAACCCUACACGAGGAGGAAGCGGCGGUACGACAGCGAAGUAUCCGACGAAACGUACACGCCAUACCAAGAAACAACCCCUCGUCGCAAAUACACCAGGAGAAAACCUAAUAUUCCAAUCGUAGACAUGAUCAAGGAGUUGGAAGGCUCACAACCACUGAAGAAGGCGAAACGGGGACGUCCACCCAAACGGAGAGACAGCAACGUCUCUUCUAUAUGCAGCAUCGACGAAAACUCAUCUAUAGCGUCAACGCACGAGACAAACUAUAGAAAAUUAAGAGACAAAAACAAUGAGGCAUCCAAACGCUCCAGAAUGAAUAGAAAACUUAAAGAGUUACAAAUGGAACAGCAAGCGUUAGAUUUGGAGGAAAAAAAUAAAAAGUUACAAAUCAAAGCGGACAUCCUCGAAGAUAUGACGAAGCGAUUGAAAGACGCCCUUAUGACAGCGAUUUUGCAUAAACAAUGAACGUAUUGAUUGAAUUUGUAUAUACGGCUCAGUUUUACGCUUUGCGUUUUUUGUUCGUUCAGCGUGAUUUUUCACAUAUGCACGCUAUAUACAACGAUGUUGUAUAGCCUAGAUGGUAGGCAUACUGGGAGUAUGUCGUAGUAUAUAUAGCUUGCUGUGACUUUAAAAUCGUGAUAAGCAAUCAAGGGGUUUUGGAUGCGUCGUUGUUUCCAAAUUAUCUAGAACUUGAGAAACAGCACAAUGCUAAGGAGAAGUAAAAUAUUAUUUAUAGAUUUAACCUUUUAUUAUUCUUAAUUAACUAGUAGAGACACGUUGUGUUUUUAUUGCCGCUUAACUAAGAGAUACCUAUAAGGCCUUGUUAAUUAUAUUUUAACGAUAUUUUCAUGAAAAAUUAAAUUUAUUGUAAUUAAUGUACAUAUAAGUAUGAAAUAAAAAAAGUACAGUAACGUUUAUAGAUUGGUUAUAUUUUGCAUGGUGCAUAUUGAAAAUAAGUUAAAUUGAUUGUUUUAUUAUGAAUUAAAUGAG